UUCUUUAAUUUCUUCUUAAACUUUGGUUAAUUAAUUUCAAUGCUAUGGAGAAUGAUAUUCCUAAUUCUUCCAACUCCCAAAAAUACCAAAUAACAUGGGGUUCUGAUGGAGGUAUAAUAAGCCAAGUUAAGUGUUAUAGGUGUAGCUUUUGUAAAAGAGGUUUCUCUAAUGCACAAGCUUUAGGUGGACACAUGAAUAUCCAUAGAAAAGAUAGAGCCAAGCUUAGAGAAAUCUUGAUCGAGACUUCAGAUCAUACCAAGAAGUCUGUCAGUCCUUCUGAUCAUAUUCAUUCACCGUCCAGUACUGAUGAAUUAAUAUUGCAACAAGAUAUAUCUAGCGAUGAUAUGAGUAACCCCUCGAAAAGGCCAUGUGUUACACUUGAACAACAACAACAACAUCAUCAUCAUAUUUCCAAAGAAAAAGAUGAAAAUCAUGAAUUGAUUAUUGGAGGUGAUAUUUUACAAUUACCUUUGUUUGUGGACUCUCCAUCAAAAGAUGAAAUUAAUAAGGACAUGCAAUUGAGUGGUGAUGAUUCAAAAUUGGACCUUGAGCUUCGAUUAGGACCAGAACCAUAGUAAUUUUUAAUAAAUUGAUCAAAAUAUACCUACUCAGAAUCCAUCCA